AUGUCUUCCAUUAAUAGAGCUCUCUUCUUCUUUACAGUGCUCUACUUUAUCUCACUAUUCGCUUUCGCAGAAAGCGAAGCAGCUGAGUUUUCUUACGGCUACCAAACAAGCACUUGCUCUUACGCUGAAGACAUCAUCAGAGAGCAACUCCAGCUUCUCCACAUGCGACACAAUACCACUUCCUUCUCCUGGCUCAGACACAUCAUCAAUGAGUGCUUUGUUGAGUCGUCAUGUGAUGCAUCGUUGUUGCUGGACUCAACGAGGAGGGUGAUGGCCGAGAAGGAAGCAGACGGGAGCUCUGAGAUGAGGAGUUUUAGGUACGUUGAGAACGUUAUCAGGGAAGCUCUAGGGGGAGCUUGUCCCGAGCUACGCCCGUGA